AUGGACCUUGCAGCUUAUGCUGAGCUGCUGAAAGAAUUUGGCAGCCAGGUUCUCAAGAAUGGGAACUUCUCUGGCCAUCAGAGAGUAUGAUGAAGCCAGAUUCUCUUGUAGCUGUACCAGUGGGGUAGCGUUCCCCCAAAGGAGUUGGCUGUGCUGCUGUGCAACAAAUCCAAUGCAUUUUACAGCCAUGGGAAAUGGAAUGACGCAUUUCUUGCUGCCAAAGAGUGUCUCCAGUGGGAUCCAACCUAUGUGAAGGGAUACUACCAAGCUGGCUAUGCCUUGCUGCAGUUGCUCCAGCCUUAUGAAGCUGCUUGCACAUUUUUUGAGGGUCUGCAACUUCUACAGAAAAGCCAAGACCAAGCACAGGUUCCUGAUUUCCUUAUUGGGAUUUUCACCACUAUGAACAGUGAUUCCAUUGCUUUGCAAAGUUUCUUGCCCUGCUUUGAUCACAUUUUCACCACUGGAUUUUCAGCAAAAGUGUGGCAAUCUGUAAUGGAAAAGUUGGCAAAGAAAGGAUUAUGGCAUUCAUUUCUGCUUCUGUCAGCAAGAAAAGACCAACUGCCAAGACAUAUUCAUGUCCCAGAGUUAUCACUGAGAAGUCUCUUUGAGAAGUAUAUCUUCAUUGGACUUCAGGAGAAAAUGAAACAGGUGCCUAAGGUAGUCCAGUGGCUCAUCUCCAUUGGUGCCAGCAUUGAGACUAUAGGGCCUUACCCUCUGCAUGCCCUCAUGAAACUCUGUAUCCAAGCAAAGGAAAACCAACUUUUCAGGUGGCUAAUGGAGCGCAAGCCCGAAUGGAAAGGGCGCAUCAACCAGAAAGACGAGACUGGCCGCACUGUCCUGCACAUCGUCGCUGUCCGCUCCUCAGGGUAUCUCAUCAAGCGUCAAACGGAAGAUGUGCAGAUGCUCCUGCACUUUGGUGCAGACCCCACGCUUCUGGAUCAACAGUCUCGGUCUGCUGUGGAUGUCCUGAAAAGGAGUAAGAACUUCAGAGCCAUCGAGAAAAUCAACAGUCACUUGAAAAAGCUGGCUAUGUGUUCUGUGGACCUAUCAGGAUUUAGCAAUGCUCAUGGUCUCACUAGUGACAGUGACAUUUUCCAGAAGACCUCCAAGCAGCUGGUGAAGUACAUGAACUCAGAAUGGUUAUUGCAUAAAAACAUUCCGAAGCAAGAAAUAGUUCAGAGGCUGGUGCUGCGGCUCACUAGUGUUUUGAAAGAGACCCCUCCUGACCUGGUCUGUGACAUCAAUCAAGACUGUGCCAACACCUUCAUCAGAUUCUUGCUGAAAAAACAGAGGUGGCCUGAAGUGCUUCGGCUGCUGACCCGCCAAGUCACUGGGGAGCUGCCUCUUGGAGAUUGCCUCAUCAAAGACUACAACUUCUCAGACCUCGACAUCUGUACCAUCAUUCCCCACCUCAGCACCUGGGACCAGCGGAAGACACAGCUCCUGGGCUGCCUGGUAGACAACGGAGCCUUGCCUGAGGGUCUCCAGGAGAGCCAGGAGAGGCCGCUCCCCAUGUGCCUGAAAUGUGAGGACUUCGAAUUGGCUUUUCUUCUCCUGAGCAAGGGUGCAGACCCCCGUGGAAUUUCUCUCCUGGAAGGUGAUACUCCUUUGCAUGCAGCAUUCCAUAUCUUUCUAGAAAUCAAAGCUGACAUCGGUUUUAACUUCCUCAGGCACCUGUUGGAGCUGUUCUGGACUAACCCAACCAAAUUUUGCUACCUCAGCCCCAACAUCCAGGAUGGCCAUGGGAACACCCUGAUGCACGUCCUCUUUCAGAAGGGCACACCAAAGAGCGUGAAAAAAGUGAUAGAGCUGCUGGCGAAGUUUGACAUCAACUUCAACCUAAAGAACAAAGAAGGCAAGGACGCACGACACCGGAUUAAGAAGAAUGACCCUCUGCUAAUUGCCUGGAACAAAGCUGUGACCGACAGAAAGAGGAAGAGCCGGCAGGACUCUGCUGCCCUCUCGGGUAAUUUCUCACAGCCCACCGCCCCUGGUCAUAUGUGUCAACCCAUGAUCCAGGGUUCAUUGCCAUGCAACACCAUUGCUGGAAUCCUGUCUGAAGAAGAUAGGAUUCCUGGUAGCUGGGAGACUCUCCCGGCUGCCCUAGUGAUGAGACAGAAGCCUGAAUCCAUCAGACCACACUCUUUAAGAGAUUGCCUUGUGCAGGAUAUCAUAGUUUUGAUUCAGCAGGUUGAAUUGGAUAUGCCCCCCCCAGAGGACUAUCCUCAGAGAUCUGAGCCUCAGAAGGCAGAAGCCAGCAUAAUAAGAAAGAAAGACAAACUCCAGCAAACGCUGGGAAACUCUGACUAUGGAGAGAACAGUCCUGCCAUCCCCAAGGCAGGGGAAGCACAUGCUCAGACACGCCCUGGGGACUCACAGCUCAUUCCUGUUGGUAACAGAAGGAGGAAGGGCAAGAUCGAUCCAGGCUGGAGCAUGCGGGAAAUUGAGGUCUACUUCCAGAGCUUUGAUAACAUGGCCUGGGAUGUUGAGUGCACUUCAGAAAUGCUGAAGAAACUGUCCAGUAAGGUAAUGACCAAGGUCAUAAAGAAGAAAAUCAUCCUGACCGUCCAGAAGCUGGGGAAUGGAGAGUGGACCCAGGGCUUGCAGAAGCGACUGAAGCACCUGAAAGGAAGCAUCCAGCUGUUCGAAGCUAAGCUGGACAAAGGAGCCCGGAUGCUCUGGGAGAUCGCCGUUGACUCCUCCCCUCGACGCAGUGAUAAUCCAAAGAGCAUUACCAUGGGGCACGACACAUAUACCAUAGGAAAGUCGGAGCAGGUCUACACUGAGAUCAUCCGCAUCUGGGAUAUCGUCUUGGAUCACUGCAAACUGUCUGAUUCUAUCAAGGCCGUCUGCAGUGCCUACAACCGGGGCUUGUCCUGUGUCCUGCAGAAGAAGCUGAAGGGUGUCAAUAAAGGCCAAGUGUCAGCGAACAAGAAAAUCCAAAAGUAUAUACCCCAUUGCUUUGUGGAGGAUACAGAGCAGGAGAAAGUGUGUGUGGAUCUUGAGAACAGUCCCCCGACCAGUGUGGUGGGGACAGAAUAUAACGUCCUGAAGUUUCAUAGGUUCGGCACCAACACAGUCUUCAGCAUCCUCAAUGACACAAUGGCUCCAGUGGAGUGCCCCUUCCGCCUGGGGGAGCUGGAGUACUCGGUGAUCAACCUCAACCCCAGGCCGCUGGAGCCCAUCAUCCUCAUUGGGCGGAGUGGCACUGGGAAGACAACCUGCUGCUUGUACAGGCUGUGGAAGAAAUUCCACAUUUACUGGGAAAAAGCUGAGCAGGCAGGAAGCCCACUGCUGACCAAACAGAUCUGGCCAAAGAGAAAGUUGAAGGUGGGACUUGGAAAAGAGGGUCUGGGCAGGGAGGAAAGGGAGGAGGAAGAAGGUGAGGAAGAGCCAGGUUCCACUGGAAUGGAAACAGCAGGUACUCUAGGUGAGGAGCAGGAGCGUGGAGCCUGUGCGGGGAGAGCAGGUGCGGAGCGUGGCCAAGCAGCGGGAGGGUGUGCUCCAAGACAUCCCCGUCAGCUGGAGCACUUGCAUCAGAUCUUUGUGACCAAGAACCAUGUCCUGUGCCAGGAAGUGCAGAGGAAUUUCAUUGAACUGUCCAAGGUUAGCAAAGCCACCAGUCACUACAGACCACUGGCCCCCCAUGUGCACAAGCUCCAGGACCUGAGGGAUGAGAACUUCCCUCUGUUUGUGACCUCUAAACAGAUGCUCCUCCUGCUUGAUGCUUCUCUGCCGAAGCCAUUUUUUCUGAGAAAUGAAGAUGGAAGCUUGAAAAGGAGCAUUACAGGAUGGUCCACACAAGAAGAGUUGCUCAUCCCCAGCUGGCAGGAGGACGAAGAGGAGGCUGAGGCUGAUGGGGACUACAGCGAGGAGGACAAAGAAACACAGCCAAGUGACAGUGACCCCCGGGUGUACGUGACGUUUGAGGUGUUCACCAAUGAGAUAUGGCCCAAGAUGACCAAGGGGAAAACCUCCUACAACCCUGCACUGAUUUGGAAAGAAAUUAAGUCUUUUCUGAAAGGUUCUUUUGAGGCCCUCAGCUGUCCCCAGGGGAGACUCACUGAAGAAGCAUAUAAGAAGUUAGGGAGGAAGCGCUCCCCCAAUUUCAAGGAAGACCGCAGCGAGAUCUAUAAACUCUUCUGCCUGUAUCAGCAGAUCAGGUCCCAGAAAGGCUACUUCGAUGAAGAGGAUGUUCUGUACAACCUGUACCGCAGGCUGUCGAAGCUCCGGGUGCUCCCAUGGUCCAUCCAUGAGCUCUACGGUGAUGAGAUUCAGGACUUCACCCAAGCUGAGCUUGUGCUACUGAUGAAAUGCAUCAAUGACCCCAAUGCCAUGUUUCUCACUGGAGACACAGCCCAGAGCAUCAUACAGGGCGUGGCCUUCCGCUUCAGUGACCUGUGCUCGCUGUUCCACUAUGCCAGCACAAACAGCACAGACAAGCAGUGUGCCGUCCGGAAGCCUAAGAAGAUCCACCAGCUAUGCCAGAAUUACAGGUCCCACUCAGGAAUCCUCACUCUGGCGUCUGGAGUGGUGGAUUUACUUCAGUUCUAUUUCCCAGAAUCUUUUGAUCGCCUUCCCAGGGACUCUGGCCUCCUGGAUGGCCCCAAACCAACUGUCCUGGAGUCUUGCAGUGUAAGCGACUUGGCAAUUUUGCUAAGAGGGAAUAAAAGGAAAACCCAGCCCAUUGAAUUUGGAGCCCACCAGGUAAUCCUUGUAGCCAAUGAAAUGGCUAAGGAGAAAAUUCCAGAAGAGCUGGGGUUAGCACUUGUACUAACAAUUUAUGAAGCAAAAGGCUUAGAAUUUGAUGAUGUCCUCCUUUACAACUUUUUUACUGAUUCUGAGGCUUACAAGGAGUGGAAGAUCAUUUCCUCAUUCAGACCUUCAUCAUUGGAUUCCGGAGGUAAAAACCGACCAUUAGCUGAAGAGCCCCUGGAGAAACCAAGUUCCUCUCGGGGUCAUUCUAUCAAGGUGAAUCCAGAAAUGUACAAGCUCCUUAAUGGUGAGCUGAAGCAGCUAUACACAGCCAUCACACGGGCUCGUGUCAACCUCUGGAUCUUUGAUGAAAACCAAGAGAAACGGGAUGCUGCUUUCAAAUAUUUCAUUGGAAGAAACUUUGUCCAAGUUGUGAAGACAGAUGAAAAUAAGGACUUUGAUGAUAGCAUGUUUGUUAAGACCUCAACUCCUGAGGAGUGGAUUGCACAAGGAGAAUACUAUGCCAAGCACCAGUGCUGGAAGGUUGCAGCCAAGUGUUACCAAAAAGGAGGUGCAUUUGAGAAGGAGAAGUUGGCUCUGGCCCACAACACUGUCCUGAACAUGAAGUCUAAGAAAGUCAGCCCCGGGGAAAAGCAGUUGGAGUAUUUGAAACUGGCUAAGACAUACUUGGAAUUCAAUGAGCCAAAGCUGUCGCUUAAGUGUCUGAGCUGCGCCAAGGAGUUUCAGCUCUGUGCCCAGCUGUGCGAGAAGCUGGGAAAGGUAAGAGAGGCGGCCUACUUCUAUAAGCGAAGCCAGUGCUACAAAGAGGCUUUCAGAUGCUUCGAGCAGAUUCAGGAAUUUGACCUAGCUCUCACAAUGUACUGCCAAGAGGAGCUUUUUGAAGAAGCUGCUAUCGCAGUGGAAAAGUAUGAAGAAAUGCUGAAGACCAAGACCUGCCCCAUUCCUAAGCUCUCCUACUCUGCCAGCCAGUUUUACUUGGAAGCUGCGGCAAAGCACCUGAGUGCAAAUAAGACUGAGGAAAUGCUGGCUGUCCUCUCCAGGCUAGACGUAGAGGACCAGCUAGUGUUCCUGAAGUCUCGCAAGUGCCUCGCGGCAGCUGCAGACCUGCUGCACAGGGAAGGGCGGAGAGAAGAGGCUGCCCUGCUGAUGAGGCAGCACGGUCACCUCCUGGAGGCCGCCAGGCUCACGGCUGACAAGGGCUUCCAGGCCUCCUGUCUCCUGGCGGCGGCUCGCCUCAAUGUGGCCAGAGAUUAUGACAUCGAACAUACCAAGGUCAUCCUGAGGGAAGCACUUGGUCUCUGCUCUCAAACUAGCCAGUUGUCUGGCAUCGCUGAGGCCCAGUUUCUGCAGGGAGUAAUCCUGAAAGACUUUCAGAAGCUCAAGGAUGCCUUCCUCAAGUUCGACACGCUCAACCACUCAGCCGGCGUGGUCGAAGCGCUGUAUGAAGCCGUCAGCCGGUGCGAGGCUGAGGCUGAUAAGGCUCUGGCCCUGGCCCCAGUGGGCCUGGAAGUCCUCCUCAGACUGGUCAGGGCCCUCCAAAGGGUGACUACCAACGCCGAGAAGGAAAUGGUCAAAUCUUGCUUUGAGUUUUUUGGAAUUUCUCAGGUGGAUGCCAAGUACUGCCAGAUAGCUCAGAAUGACCCUGGGCCCAUAUUAAGACUAGUUUUUGACCUGGGUUUGAACUUGAGAGAGAAGAAAACUAACGACUAUUUCUUGAUAAUGACUGAACAAAUGAAAUUAGUGCUAAACAAACACCUUUUGAACAGGCUGUGUCAAAUCACACGGAGCUUGCUUGGGAACAUCUACCCUGGGGUCUGCAUGAGGUUUAUUGUAGGCUUAAAAUGUGAGAAGGAGAGCUGUGAAGAUUUCCACAGGCCUCUGCGGCGCUGUGAGGCCAAGUGUUUGGUUCAGUCAAAAAUGCACCUGGUGGCAAUCAAUGGAUUGCUUUUGGAAGCCAAGAAAGUGUUCCCCAAACUCUUAGCUGAAGAACUUAAAGAGAUCGAUUGUGUUCUGUCCACAGACAUGUAUGGCUUUUGCAAAUCCUUCCUCAGUGUCCUCUUUCCUAAGCAUUUCCAUCCGAGAGUACUGUCGGAAAACCCCAUGGCAUGCAAGGAAGUCCUCAGACUGAAUCACGCAUCCUUCCGGUACUGCAGGUUUGCCUUGAAAGAGUAUAUCCAUUUUCUGUUCCAGAAUGAAGGGGCAUGCGGCCGCCGCGAAUCCACAGACCUGUGGCUGAGCGCCAUGCAGGCUUUCCUUCUCUCCUCUCAGUACCCAGAGGAGUUUGAAAAGCUGCUCCGCCAGGAGGAGGACAGCUACAACCAGGAACUCCAAGCUCUGGAGUCGGCAAAAGACGACAAGGGUGGGGGGAGAGGCAGCAGGGUGAAGAGAAUAGAAGGGAAGUUCGGCAUGCUGGUUGCCAACAGAGAUGACGCGAGCGAGGAGAGGAGCUCCCUGUGCUUCAUCCGGCUGCUGGAGAACUGCAUCGACCAGUUCUACGUGCACAGGAACCCGGAAGACUACAAGAAGCUCUUCUUCCGCUUCAUGAACGUUCUCAUCAGGCGCUGCAAAGAACCGCUCAUCCCCAGCAUUGGAAACAUGGUGGCCUUGCUGGAGUCCCAGUUUGUCCACUGCGCGGUGGUGCUGGCCCGCCUCCGGAAGAACGGUGUGCUGUGCCUCCCCAGGAGCUACAUCGCGCUCCUGCACUACUGGGAGUUCCUGUUCUGCAGAAAGGACAAGGAGUCCGGGGAUGUUUUCUCCAUCAUCCAGGAGUACAAACCCAAGGACGUGGCCAAAGCCAUUCAGGAUUUCCGGUUCCACCUCUCUUACCUCGUCAAGGUGCUAUGUGGCUGCGAGAACGUGCACUUCAACGUCAUGCUUGACGCCUUCAGUGGGAUCGCCCGUGUGGUCUCGGGGGAGGCUGAGCGGACACUGGUGCUGUGCUUGGUGCUGCUGGUGAAUGCCCAGGACGUCCUGCAGCCGUUCUGCAGGCCUCUGCUCUGCCGCCACUUCCAGGAGAUCGAGAGGCGGCUGCAGCUGAUGCGGGCGAGCUGUCCGGGCCAGGUCCCUGAGCGGCUCCUGAAGGUGGUGAGGCGGGUGUCCGUGGCCGUCAGUGUCAAGUCUGUUGUGGAAGCCUUGCAGGAACUGCUGUAUCAGCGAGAUGAGGAGUACCUGAUGGACUGCCGGUGGCGCUGGGACAGUGCGCACGCCAAGGGGACCGUGGUCCGUGGUCUCUCUCAGGAAGACGUCAGACUGAGCAGGUUGCUCUCUCUGGAGCCUGUGGUCCGCUUGGCAGAACCUGAGUGUGAGUGUGGUCAGGUUGGGCCAGAUGAGCUAGCAGCAGGAGACUGCGACCCGCUGCUGGCCGCCAUCCUUCUGCAGAAGCAGCAGAAGGCCUCCGCCCAGCGCAAGCUGAGAAGAGUGUGCCUGCUGGUAUCUCUGUGCGUCAGCUGGAGGAGAAGCGUGCGUGCCCAGGCAGAGGCCACCCUGGAGGAGGCCAGGGAGCCCGGAGCUGGGAACUUUAAAAGGGCUGAUGUGGACAGGACCCAGUGCGACCUGUGUGGAGUGAAGUUUUCCCGUAGCCCUGAGAACUAUUUCAGCCCCAGCAAGGCAUUCAGGGGAGCAACCCCAGAGGCUCUGGCCCUCUGCAGGGCUGAGCCGGGAGGGAAGGAGAGUCUGGAGAGGAGGAGCGAGUCUUACGAGCAGCACAUCCACCUGGAAGGCCACAGGCGGCAGCAGGUGGCCUACCAGAAGUAUUCAGAGUUCUUCCGGGAGAAGGUGGACCCGGCCAUUGACGAAGGGAAGCUGGUGGUGCAGGACAUUGAGCAGAGCGUUUGGGUCCGCAGCCACGUGGGCUCCAGCGAGCACAGCCAGAUGCUGCAGAGGAAGAUUCAGGAGCACGUCCGGAGGGUUCUGGACGCCGUGGAGGACCUCUACAGGAGGCAGGCCUGGGCUGGAGCGGAAGCGGUGAUGGCUCGGCUGGUCAAGAACCUGAGCCUGGCAGUCAGAAAUGCGCAGGAGUGGUUGAUGAGAACAGAGGUCCGCCUGAAGGAGGAAGGUGUUGUUGAGAAAGAUGAUUAUGAAAACGAAGUUGAAGACUUUGGUGAGCUCCGUCCUAGGAGAUGUUCACGGAAGAGUGGAAAGCAGAGAAAAUACUAA